AAAAACAUCAUCUCAUAACCCAAAACACACACAAAUCUCAAGAUUUGCUUAUCUCUCUCAUUAACCUUCUUGCUCCCUUUUCACAACCAUGAGUCUUCUUGCAGAUCUUGUUAACCUUGACCUCUCAGACAACACUGAGAAAAUCAUCGCUGAAUACAUAUGGGUUGGUGGUUCUGGUAUGGACAUGAGAAGCAAAGCCAGGACUCUCUCUGGACCUGUGACUGAUCCAUCAAAGCUUCCGAAAUGGAACUAUGAUGGUUCAAGCACUGGUCAAGCUCCUGGCCAAGACAGUGAAGUCAUCUUAUACCCUCAAGCAAUUUUCAAGGAUCCUUUCCGUAGAGGCAACAACAUUCUUGUUAUGUGUGAUGCUUACACUCCUGCGGGCGAACCAAUCCCUACGAACAAGCGACACGCUGCAGCUGAGAUCUUUAACAACCCUGAUGUUGUAGCUGAAGUGCCAUGGUAUGGAAUCGAACAAGAAUACACUUUGUUGCAGAAGGAUGUGAACUGGCCUCUUGGAUGGCCUAUUGGUGGCUACCCUGGCCCUCAGGGACCAUACUACUGUAGUAUUGGAGCUGACAAAUCUUUUGGGAGAGAUAUCGUUGAUGCUCACUACAAGGCUUGUUUGUAUGCUGGAAUUAACAUCAGUGGUAUCAAUGGAGAAGUCAUGCCUGGUCAGUGGGAGUUCCAAGUCGGCCCAUCGGUUGGUAUCUCAGCUUCUGAUGAAAUUUGGAUCGCUCGUUACAUUUUGGAGAGGAUCACAGAGAUUGCUGGUGUGGUUGUAUCUUUUGACCCGAAACCGAUCCCGGGUGACUGGAAUGGAGCUGGUGCUCACACCAAUUACAGUACUAAAUCGAUGAGGGAAGAAGGAGGAUACGAGGUGAUCAAGAAGGCGAUCGAGAAGCUCGGAUUGAGACACAAGGAGCACAUUGCUGCUUACGGUGAAGGAAACGAGCGCCGUCUUACUGGACACCAUGAAACUGCUGACAUUAACACUUUCCUUUGGGGUGUUGCAAACCGUGGAGCAUCGAUCCGAGUAGGACGCGAUACCGAGAAAGAAGGGAAAGGAUACUUUGAAGAUAGAAGGCCAUCUUCAAACAUGGAUCCUUACGUUGUUACUUCCAUGAUUGCUGAAACCACACUUCUCUGGAACCCUUGAAGACCGAGAUCCAAAAAAGUCUUGAAACAUUGCUUCUUCUAAUUUGGUUUCUUGAAAGUUCCAAGAUUGUCUUUUUCCUACAGCUUAUCUUAUUUACCGGCUAGUUGCAACUGCCGGGGUUUGUGAUUUGGGUUUUGGGUUAUGUGGUUAAGACUUAAGAGCAAGUCUCUUUGCUAUGUUUGUCUGACCUUUUUUAAGUAUUUGUACUAAUAAUACGAUCUCACAAAAGGCCUCUUCAUGUAUCAAUGCUAGAGACUAAAAGAUCUCAGUUAUUAACAGUCCAAUAUAUAUAUAUAAGAUACAAUUUCGUUAA